GGAAAUUGAAAGUUGAAACACCAAUAUUACAAGCAAUCUUCUAAAGCAGCUGCAGCAAGUCUUGAAACCAACUUUGAUUUGAUCAUGGAAGAAUCUGAGACAUACCCAAAAGAAUACUUGUCCCCACAACCAAGAAGAGUCACCUCAAUGUCAUCAUCUGUUUCAACAACGAGUGUCCAUGUAACUGCCUUGGACGGGCUAGUGAAUGUGAACUCACUUUUCACCAUUGCAGUCUUUGUGGGUCUCUCUUUAACAACACCUGGACAGAAAAGUCUGGAGGAUCGCACAGCCUGCGAUGCUGGGAUUGAUGUAGUUAAGAAGUUGUUGGUUUUUGAGGUGGUGUCAUUCAGCUUCUUUCUCUUCUCCUCACUUGUUGCACAGGGCCUCAAAUUGGCAAUUAAUUUGUUGAAUAGCAAAGAUGUUGAUGAGGCUUUUAGGGCUCACAUCAAUUUGAAGGUGCUCAGGCUUGGAAUGAUGGCCUCUGCUAUUGGAUCGGUAAUGGGGUGUUUAUUCUUGAUGCUUUCAAUUGUCAAUGUCAUUCAGAUUCGCCUCGGGGUCUUAUCUUGUGGAAGUAAAUCUGCUAUUCAUGCUGUCUCCACCUUGCUCGUUCUGGUCACCUCUGCUCUUGUCGUUUAUAUUUCUACUGCUAUAUAUGCAUUUCUGCACUAAAGUGAAAGAGUAUCAAUUUUGGUAUGUUAUUUUUUGG